GCGUCCCAUUUAAGCAACGAAUCCAUAAACAGUGGCCUCCAAGUAGUAUAUAAGUCUGUCUGGGGUCUCUCCAACUCUCUCUCUCUAUCCGAUACUCAAAACUCGUGAAAAUCACAGAGAGCAAGAAAGAAAGAAAGAAAUGGAGGACACUCUUGGUGCUUUGAGGUCUCUAAUGGCUUCUCACUCGCCAAAGCUCGACGCUUUGGUUGUACCUUCCGAAGACUAUCAUCAGAGCGAGUAUGUGUCUGCUCGGGACAAGAGACGUGAAUUUGUUUCUGGCUUCACGGGAAGUGCUGGUUUGGCACUUAUAACAAUGAAGGAAGCACUUCUGUGGACCGAUGGAAGAUACUUUUUGCAGGCAACAAAAGAACUUAGUGAUAAAUGGAAGCUCAUGCGUAUUGGAGAGGACCUGGCUGUAGAUGUCUGGAUGGCAGAUAAUCUGCCAAAGGAAGCAGCAAUUGGUGUUGAUCCUUGGUGUGUGUCAGUGGACACUGCACAAAGAUGGGAGCGUGCUUUUGCCAAAAAAGGGCAGAAGAUAGUGGAAACUACUAGAGAUUUGGUGGAUGAAGUUUGGAAAAAUCGACCACCACUGGAAAUUAAUCCUGUUAUUAUACAUCCAUUGGAAUUUGCUGGUCGUUCUGUCGUGGACAAGUUGAAUGAUUUGAGAGAAAAGCUCAUACAAGAGAAAGCUCGCGGAAUAAUCAUUGCAACUCUUGAUGAGGUUGCUUGGUUAUAUAACAUCCGUGGGACUGAUGUAUCCUACUGUCCAGUUGUUCAUGCAUUUGCUAUAGUAACAUCCAACUCAGCUUUUAUUUAUGUGGACAGGAGGAAGGUGUCUUCUGAGGUAAAUUCUUAUAUGGAGGAGAAUGGGAUUGAAGUUCGGGAGUAUGCAGCAGUGAGCUCAGAUGUGGCCUUGCUUGCAUCUAAUCAACUCAACGGAACCCAAGUUGAACUUAAGAAUGACAUGGAAAUCAAUCCUAGUGAGAUUGACAUAACACGAAAUGGUGCAGAGGAAACAGAAGAAAAUACUUUUGACCUCAUAUGGGCUGACCCUGGUUCAUGCUGCUAUGCUUUGUAUUCAAAACUGGACACUGAUAAGGUUCUUCUGCAGCCAUCACCUUUGGCCCUUGCAAAAGCUAUUAAGAACCCGGUUGAGUUGGAAGGCCUGAAAAACGCACACAUUCGGGAUGGUGCAGCAGUUGUGCAAUAUCUUGUCUGGUUAGAUAAUCAGGUGCAGGAGAUUUAUGGUGCUUCUGGUUACUUUUUGGAGGGGGUUGGAGCGAAUAAGAAAAAGCAUUCGUUUUUUGCAAUGAACUAUGGCAGGGAGUCCAGGAAGCUAACAGAGGUGACUGCAAGUGAUAAGCUGGAGGGUUUUAGGGCAUCAAAAGAGAAUUUCAGAGGCUUAAGUUUUCCUACUAUUUCAUCAGUUGGUCCAAAUGCAGCAAUCAUUCAUUACUCACCACAUGCAGAGACAUGUGCUGAGUUUGAUCCAGACAAAAUCUAUCUUUUUGAUUCGGGAGCACAGUAUCUAGAUGGAACAACUGAUAUAACACGAACAGUUCAUUUUGGAAAGCCUUCAGAACAUGAGAGAGCAUCCUAUACUGCAGUCCUCAAGGGUCAUAUUGAUCUGGGAAAUGCUCGAUUUCCUGAUGGAACGAAUGGUCAAGCCCUGGACAUUCUUGCUCGACUUCCUUUGUGGAAGGAUGGUCUUGAUUACCGACAUGGUACUGGUCAUGGAAUUGGGUCUUACCUAAAUGUUCAUGAAGGACCUCAUAUGAUUAGUUUCAGACCUCAGGCUCGAAAUGUGCCACUACAAGCAUCCAUGACUGUAACAGAUGAACCUGGAUACUAUGAGGAGGGAAAUUUCGGUAUAAGAUUGGAGAAUGUGCUUAUAGUCAAGAAGGCCAACACAAAAUUCAACUUCGGAGACAAGGAUUACUUGUCCUUUGAGCACAUAACAUGGGCACCGUACCAGAGAAAACUGAUUGACUUGAGCCUUUUAACUCCUGAAGAGAUAGAUUGGCUUAAUAGCUACAAUUUGAAGUGUAGGGAUAUUCUUGCCCCCUACUUGACUGAAUCUGAGAAGGCAUGGCUGAACAAAGCCACCGAGCCUAUAAGCGUUUAGGCUAUAUGGAAAAGUGAUCGGUGCUAAAGCUUGCCAUGUACGCAUUGAUUUUAAAAAUUUGCUUGAUGUACUUGUCAAAAAAUAAUUUGCUUGAUAUCUUAUGGACCCUAGUAUUCCUUA